AUGGACAGGGAUAAGUGGACAUCCCUCCUGACGCCGAAGUCAUUCGGACAACGGUUGCGGGAGAAUUUUGGGAUUCAGAGUACACAGUGUCAUAGAGUAACCGAAUUCUGGAGGGAAAAUUGGCACAAAUAUGUCAAGACUGCGUACGGACAAGCGAUAUUCAACUUCCCUGCUGCCGACGAAACUGUGGGGACCAAGUUGGAAGAGCCGUGGAAAGUCGUCUUCGAUCAACAUAGUUCCGAGACGUUCAUCACACGAUGCCCAGGUUUCCUUGUCAGCCUCAGCGAUGAUGAGUAUGUUUUAGUGAAUCCGGAACUCCCCAAACUGAGAACGGGGCUCCGAGGCUAA